CAGACAUUCUUAUCUCUGUUGGCCAAAAUAAUUUUAAGAUAUUUCAUAAAUUUCAGGCUACAUUAAAAUGGCGUAUCAAGGUAGUGUUAUAGCUAUUGCGAUCAGCCUGUUGUUCUUCCAAGUACUUGUGCAUGGAACAGAUUGCCCAGACAGAUGGAUCGCAUACCGGGGGUCUUGCUAUCUUUUUGCUCAUGGCGGACCACUUUCUUUCUACGAAGCUGAGCAUUAUUGCAACCAACACAAUGGUGGCCACCUUGUCCAUAUAAAUGAUCAAGUAGAAAAUCUUUUCAUUAAAGACGAGCUGCGAUCAAUAAAAGCUGACGACACAUGGAUAGGUCUAACAGAUGAAGCUACAGAGGGACUAUGGGAAUGGUAUGACACAAAAACCUCUCCUACAUUUACAGACUGGAAUCCAGGAGAACCAAAUUCUAAUAGCGGUAACGAAGACUGUGCGGCAACAAAGACAGACCUAGACUUCCGGUGGUACGAUGGAGUCUGCUCGGACAAGAAAAUACCUUUAUGCGAAAUCACCGGCGAGACUGAUGUGAUUGGAUGAUGUUGUUGGAGCUCAUAUGUUCUUGGUAUUUUGUAAAAUAAAGUGUAUUAGUUGAGUAUAAUGUUGAGUAGUAUUCUCGUUUUGUCUAUUAAUCCAAUAAACUAUUUAACAUGU